CUUUCAAUAAAUUAUUUUCAGGAACUUAUUUCCAGGGUCACACAGUUACAAGCUCAUGUUCAGCAACUUAAAAAUAUUAUUGCAAAGCAGAAAACACAAGAGUCCAAAACUGUGAAUAAUAAACCAGUAAAAUCAUUUGAUUUCAAGAGGUACAAAAAGAGACAUGUUGCAUUAAAGUUGUUAUACUUAGGCUGGGACUACCAAGGUUUUGCUGCACAAGAAGACACAAAUAGAACAGUUGAAACACAGCUUUUCAAUGCUUUGAUGAAAACAAGGCUUAUAGAGUUACGAGAAACUUCAAAUUAUCAUAGAUGUGGCCGCACGGAUAAGGGUGUUUCUGCAUUUAGCCAGGUGAUCUCUCUCGAUUUAAGAUCCAAUUGUCUUGAAGGUAAAGGCAUUUUUGAACCAGAUGGCUAUGUUGAAGGACAUAAAACAGGUGAAUAAUUAGCAAAACUGUAAAAUUUAUGUAAAAAUAUUGUUUUCUAGACAAAUUGGAAUAUAAAUUUGCAUAGUAAGGAAUGUAAGGAAAGACUUGAACUAACCAUAUGAAUCCAUAUGUUUUUGAUCUGUUACAUAUACAUGACUAGGUGUUGAAAGACUUUGUAGCAUGGGAGAUGUACAUGUAACUAUAGUAGUUACUUAAUUUAUGUAUAUAAUUUAUAAAACAGCAACAUUUUGAUCAAAAGACCUGGUGUAGAACAGUCGUGCAAAUUUUAAUUUUCACUAGCUAAUGCAAUUUACUAGUUUCAUACUUGCAUUAAUGCAAGAGAAAUUGAUAUGUAAGUCAGUUAUUUUUUGUUUUAUUAGAAAAUUCUAUUUGAGCUACAACAGAGAGAGAAAUUAGUAACAAAUUCAUUUUAAUAUCAAUUUGCAAUUAAUUUUGCAACCAAGGUUAACAAGUAUUAAACUGACAUUAAUAAAAAUUGU